CGGGCGGCGGGGCCGGCGGCCGGGCGGGGGCGGGCGGCGCCAUGAACGCGGCCGUGGUGAGGCGCACGCAGGAGGCGCUGGGCAAGGUGAUCCGGAGGCCGCCGCUGACGGAGAAGCUGCUCAACAAGCCGCCGUUCCGCUACCUGCACGACAUCAUCACCGAGGUGAUCCGGGUGACGGGCUUCAUGAAGGGGCUGUACACGGACACCGAGAUGAAGUCCGACAACGUGAAGGAGAAAGAUGCCAAAAUGAGCUUCCUGCAGAAGGCCAUCGACGUGGUGGCGCUGGUGUCCGGGGAGCCGCUGUCGGCCAAGCCCGCCCGCAUCGUGGCCGGCCACGACCCCGAGAGGACCAACGAGCUGCUCCAGGCCAUCGGGCGCUGCUGCCUCCACAAGCUGUGCAGUGACGAGGCUGUGAAGAGAGUGUUAGCCGGGGAGAAGGGGGACGCCCGAGGAAGGCCCCCCGUGUCCUCCAGGCCGCAGGAGGCCGAUGGCAAGAGCGGGAGCACGCGGGAGGACGGGGAGCGAGCGCACCAGGACGGGGAGGACAGGAGGGCCCCAGAGGCCGGCGAGGCCAGCCCCGGCCGAGAGCACAGGCGGAAGGAGGAGCCGAGGGAGGAGAGCCGCACGCGGGACAAGCCCAAGGACGGCGACCGCGAGCGGCACAAAGAGGCCGAGAGGGAGCGCGAGCACGAGAGGACGAGGACCCGGACCCGGACGGAGCGCGCCAAGGACGGGGACCGCGAGCGGGAGCGCAGGAGCGAGGGCGGGCGGGAGAAGGAGCGGUGGAAGGACCGGGACCGGGAGCGUGAGCGGGACAAGGGCAGGGACCGGGACCGAGACCGGGACCGGGACCGGCGGCGGCUGAGGAAUGGGGAGCACGUGCGGGACCCUGACCGGGAGAAGAGCCGGGAGCACGACCGAGCAGACAAGAGGUCUGCAGGCGGUGGGGAGACGAGCAGGAAGCUGCUCGACGGGGCCUUCAAAGACAGCAAGGCCGAACCCGAGGCCGAGCUGUCCAGCAGGGCGUCCAGGUCCACGGUCACUAAGACGUCAAAGCGGCGACCCAAGAACUCCCUGGAAGGAAGGAAGGAAGCUCUUAUCUCAGCUAAAGUCUUAGAUCCCAUAGUGCGCGGAGGGAAACACGGAGCAGAGCAGGAACUGGCAGCUCCAAAGAUAGGGCCUGGGGACGUCGAUGGACACUCAGCCAGCGUUCCCGAGAGCCACCCGGCCAGCCUGUGGCCCGGGAACCACGAACCAGAGGCCACAGAGAAGCAGAAAGGAGACUCCCCGAGCGAGGCAGAAGCGGCGGCGGCUGUCCAGGGGAAGCCCGAGGCACCCGAGAACCCAGAGGCGCCCAGUGAGCUGACCUCUGCCGUCAGAAGGAUAGCCCGUCCGGGGAGCGCCCGGCCCGCCCCGCCCCGGGUCAGACGGCAGGACAGCACCGAGGUGCCGACCGCUGACAGGGCUGUGAAUGGGAAGACCGUCGCCAACGUGAUCAUUGACAGUCAGGGCGCUGACAACGAAGACGACGAUCAGUUCGUGGUGGAGGCCGCGCCCCAGGGCUCUGAGCUGACCGAGUUGGAGUCGGGACCGGCCGUGGAACUGAAGGAGGACGAGCGGCACGGGGGGCUCGUCAAAAAGAUCCUGGAGACCAAGAAGGACUACGAGAAGGUGCAGCAGCUGAGGUCCGGCGAGAAGGAGAAGUCGCUUAUCUUUGAAUCCGCUUGGAAGAAGGAGAAGGACAUCGUCACCAAGGAGAUCGAGAAGCUUCGUACCUCCAUCCAGAGCCUGUGCAGGAGCGCGCUGCCCCUGGGCAAGGUCAUGGACUACAUCCAGGAGGACGUGGACGCCAUGCACAAUGAGCUCAGCCUGUGGCGCCAGGAGCGACGGCAGCACGCUGAGGCGCUGCAGAAGGAGCAGAGCAUUACCGACUGCGCCGUGGAGCCGCUGAAGGCAGAGCUGGCGGAGCUGGAGCAGCUCAUCCGGGACCAGCAGGACAAGAUCUGCGCCGUGAAGGCCAACAUCCUCAGGAACGACGAGAAGAUCCAGAAGCUGGUCUACACCCUGAGCGCCAGGCGCUGAGCGGCCCCGGGGACCCCUACUUGCCCGCCAUAAAUCGCUCCUGCAGACACAGGUGUGAGGCGUCUCUUUGCGGGGCUCUUGCGUUUCCGUGCACGUUGGUCCCAGGUUGCGCUGUUGGCGCGCACGGAGGGCGGCUCCUGGGUCCGGCCGGCCAGUGAC